CUUUCUGUUGUGUGCAGACAUCAAAAUAUUGAGAGAGGAAGUGAAAGAUUUGGAAUCCGUUUUGAACUCGCCGUCAAAACUCAUUCCAGUAGCAACUGACCGGUUUCACCGAUCUUCACCGCUUUUUGUCAUUCAUCAGAUUGUGGGGUUCAAGCCAAAAAAUUGAAUUUUUAAUGCAAGUAAUGAUUUUUAUUCUGGUUUAUAUGCUCCUACAUCAAUGAAGGGUUGUUUCAUGGCAUGAUCACUAGUAUCAUCGAAUUUUCCUUUUGGGUUUUUGAGGGUUUCGCGUUUCCUUCGCUGGGUUGGUGUUUUUUUUUCUUUUCAAAAUUGUUUUUUUGAUUUGGAUUUUUUUUAUGAUAGUUUUUUUGGGGGUUUGAUUCAAGUGAUGCUGGACUUCCGGGAAUGUUUCAAUGUGAUAGGGUUACUAUUGGGGUUCUGGGGUUUGGCCUAGGGCUAUAAAGUUUUGGUGGGUGGUGGAGAUGGAAGACAAUACUGAGCUUGAGGAAGGAGAGGCUUGCUAUUAUAAGGAUGAUGAUGAAGGCAACAUUGACCUUGAUUCUCUCUCUUACAUUGAUGAGAGGAUUCAACAUGUUCUUGGUCACUUUCAAAAGGACUUUGUAGGUGGUGUAUCUGCUAAAAAUUUGGGUGCAAAAUUUGGUGACUAUGGUUCCUUUUUACCAACCUAUGAGCGCUCCCCUUUUGUUCGGUCUCAUUCAAAGACUCCACAAAGAAACCACAGCUCACCAAAAUCUACUAUCAAUCUCCACAUGGAGGCUAUGUCUCAUAACACAAAAGCACCUUCAAAUGUGCCUCCUCUUGCAAGGCAUGAAAAUGCUUCCCACGGUUCACAUUCAUUUCAUGAUUUAAGAGCAACUUCAGUGAAUGAAUUAGUGGAGAAAGAUAGAGGUAUUUCUUCAAGUGAUAUAGCUGAGAGGUGCACUUUGAAAGAUGAUACUACAAAAAAGACAGGGAAUUCAACUGACCAAAGAACACUGAAGUUUCGAAUCAAAAUGAAAUCUACUAUCUUAGCACAAAAAAAUGCUGAAAUUUACAGUGGCCUUGGGCUUGAUAACUCUCCAUCUUCAUCAAUGGGGAAUAGCCCUGUGGAAAGUGAAGGCAUGCAACCUGUAUCUCAAGAGAAUGCUGAAGAUUCUCCAAUUGGCAUUGUUCAGGAUAUGACUUCCUUUCCUAUCCCUGGGGGUGUUCUAUCAUCACCUCUACAUGAAAGUUUGCUCUACUUGAUAAAAAAUGAAAAAGUUAUUAGAAACAUCAGAUAUAUGUCUUCUCUCAACAGUCAACAAGAUCCUUGUUCCAUGUCGACCGAUGAAUCAGAUUCUUUUGUGGGUGAUUGGCAUUUGAAGAAGAGGACAGUGAGAAUAGUGAGACAAAGUGAUAAGCUAUUAAAAUUGAAACAUAUGAAUGGCACCCUGUCUGAGAAUGAUAUGACGUUGCAUACAAAGAAAAGGUUAGGAAAUAGAACACCAGAUCAUAAGGAAUUUUUCUCUAAUGAAUUGAAAUGGACACCUCUGUCAAGUUCAAUUUGUGAUGCUGGUGAAACUGCCGAAGUCACUACUAAAACUUCUGAAGCCUCCAAGGAGGUUAAUGAGAAUGGGGUGCAAGGCAGAAUGGUUUCUGUUGAAGCAUUGAAGGAGGAAUCAUUGGAGUCAAGAUCUGGUCAGGAUUUUGCGAAAAUUGAAAAGCAAAAUGCAGGAAAUGGUUGUAUGAAAAAUGUUUUGGAGUAUACACUGGAAAAUUCCUGCAAGGAUAAGUCUGCUGACCCUAUGAAUAAUGACAAGUGUAAUACUUACACAAUUUCCAAUACGGUUGAACGUGAUGCAGUAAAACGUAAGGUCGGUCAAAAGCCUGAGAUCCACCAGAAGGUGAUGGUUGUAACUGAGCGGAAGAAUAAGUCAAAAGGUGGUCAGAGUCCUGGAAAAGCAGAGGCUGUUGCAAGAAAAGAUAGCUUUGAUGGUACUUAUAAUGCAAUGGUAACUGAUAAAGGGAGAGCUGGCUUCACUGUUACUUGUAGAAGUAAAAUGAAUAAAUCAAAGUCACUUAAGGACAAUAAGUUCACUGAUAGCAACAAAGAUUCAUUGAAACAAAAAAAAUCAGAACGUAAAGUUGACAGUCUUGCUGGUAGUGGUGCAAUAAAAAACAUUAACAUUUGUAAUAAAAAACAGAGUGUAUUUGGGGCUAAAGUAAAGGAAAGACUGAGUAGCAAUAAAGUGGCCAACCAGUUGCUAGCUGGGUCAUGCAUAAAAGAUGCUUCAGGUUCACUUCCCAUUGCUGGAAACAACCCUGCUCCUGAGAUGAUUCCAUCAGCUGUAGCAGCACCUCAACUUAUUGCUGAGGAUUGGGUAUGUUGUGACAGUUGCCAGAAAUGGAGACUUCUACCUACUGGAAUGAAGCCAGAGCAUCUUCCAGAGAAAUGGUUGUGUAGCAUGCUAAAUUGGCUGCCUGGGAUGAAUUCUUGUGACUUCAGUGAAGAUGAGACGACAAAGGCACUUUACGCCUUAUAUCAAAUGCCAAUUUCUGAGGGUCCAAACAAUAUGCAGAGCCAUGGUGCUGGAACUGUAAUUGGAGUGAGCUCUACAGAUGCUUUGCAAUAUGGCCUACAUCACAAAAUGUCUAGUUCUGAUGUGUUGUCUGAUCGAGGAAAGAAGAAACAUGUUAUUAAGGAAAAGACAACGUCAGGAAUUAAUAAUGACAUGGUUCAGCUCUCAAAUUCUGCAAAGACCAAUACUCAAGUAUCUAGGAAAAAUAGAAGCUUGAAUGACAUGAAUCAACAUCCUGCUGACUUAAACCCAACAAAGAUGAGUUCUUCUAAACACCUUAGCAGGUUUGGCAACAUGAUUGAAGAAAAACAUGUGCCUAAAAAGAAAGAAAAGCAAGUAAAUGGAGGUGACAGAAAGCAUGUUAAAUUGAAGCGUAAGAUGGAUGCAGAUCAAUGUAGAUCGGGAACUCCCAAGAAAUCAAAAACUGAAAAUGGUUGCUAUGCUGAUAAACAACUGAAUCCUGGCACAGGCCUUGAGAAGGUGGCUCUAAAUUCUACAAAUGGUUUGCCAAUGAAAGCUAGUCGGAAGGAUAUGAGGAAGUAUGAUGAGUAUUGUUUAUCUGAGGAUGCACAGGACAGAUUACCUGUAAAGAAAGAGGGAGAUCAGGCUCAGGCCUUGUCUGGUGGUGGGUCCUUGGAUGUGAAAAACAGCAGUAAAAACGGUUUAAUGAAAAAAAGGAAAAGGAGGGACUGGUUGGAUGAUGAAAAGCAUAACAACUCAUACUCCUUGAACGGUGAUAAGCAGCAUGGUGAAGAGGGCAAUGCAAAUGAAUUUAGGAAGGAAAAGAAGUACAAAAUUUUCAAUAAAGAGGCAAAAUCAGUUACUGAAGGUGAUGAUAAAUUGAGUAAAGGUGGGAUGAGGCAAGUUUGCUUGUCAGGCAGUAGGGACCAAAAUACUGUUGGGACAGAAGAAAGGCUUGUUGAUAAAUGUCAGCAGCCAAAGAAGCUAAGAAAAAAUAUUGCAUCUCAUCAAGCUUUGGAUGGAACUGAUCAAUUGGGCAAGGAUUUGGGCUCUGGACAUCUUUUAUUGGCAGCAACAUCAAGCUCUUCUAAAGUUUCAGGGUCUCAUAAAGCUAAAACCAACUUUGAAGAUGUCAGAGGUUCGCCUGUAGAAUCUGUUACCUCGUCACCUAUUAGGGCCUCCAACUUGGAUAAGAAUAUUUUGGUGGUGGGUGACACUUCAGUGAAAGAUGAUGCUACAAAAGGUGGUCUCUCUUCAGUAGGUUCCAGGAGAAGUUCAGAUAAUAGGGAGGGAAAGCUAUCAGUAAAAUUGAAGGAGGGUAGAAUUUCAUACAACUUACAUCCUGCAUCCCACAAAUUAUCUUCGGUGGAGUACCAGGUUGAGGAUGCUAGAGAUAGAACCAGGAUCCAAGCUAAACAUUCUUCUGAACCAAAGAAUAACUAUUUGCUUGAAGGUGGUGUUCAUGUUGAACAUGGCAAUUUUCCAAAUGGUAUACGUCAUGAGGAGAAAGUAAACAAGGACAACCAGGAAAGUGAACUUUCUUGUCAGAAAUCUGGUAAGGUUACAUCACUGCACAGCAAGGAAAAGGACAGGUCUGGUUCUCGUGUUGGGGCAGAUAAGAUGACAGUUUCAGUUUUGGUGACUGGUUAUUCCAAAAAUAGUGGGAGUGGGGGGUAUGAUUCAGCUGUUGAUCCUAGUUAUCAAGCAUCUGGUGUUGAGACAAGAAGUGAUGCCAAAUAUAGUUCUCCCAAGUCUAAAUGCAAAAUUGACAGUAUUAGUCAGAAAAGUGCUUUAAGACAUGGGUCAAGCGAAACAGGAAAGCAAACUAAGCCAAAAUAUAGGGACUUAGAGAAUUCAGUUUUGAAGGUGGAUGCUCAAUGUAGCACUGAUAGACAGACUAUCUCCCAGCAAAACCUGACUUGGGAUUUUGAGGAAGAAAACAAGGCUAAUCAUGUUAGCACAGAAUCAAGAGAUGGGAAAUCCAAAGUUCUCUCAGCUUCUGUGGGUGAAGUAAAAAGGGAAACAUUAAAUGUGGGUUCUAGAACUGUACCUCAGUAUCAAAAGGGAGGCAUGUCUAAGGAGCAGCAAUUCCAUGUUCCUGGCAAUAGUGAUUUAACCAAGUUAACAAGAAAUUGUGCUGAUGUUAAUAACAGUGUUGGAGGUAAUUAUAGUUCAGGAAAUUUUGCACCUGAUCACAAACUCACUGUGUCAAGUCCUUUGAGAACAAAUUCUAACCAAAAUGUUUCUGACACACUGGAAGAGGCCACAAAACUAAAAGAUAGUGCCAAUCAUUAUAAGAACUCCGGGUUUGAUUUUGAAAGCAAUGAGACUUACUUUCAAGCUGGUUUGAAGUUUCUACAUGGAGCAUCUCUUUUAGAGAAUUGUUCCAAUGAGAGUAGCAAGCAUGGGGAAAUGAGUCAAAUUCAGAUUUAUGCUACUGCAGCCAAGCUUUUCAAAUCCUGUGCCCAUGAAUAUGAAAAUCGCCAAGAAAUGGCAGCUGCCGCUUUGGCUUACAAAUGCAUGGAGGUGGCAUAUAUGAGAGUGGGUUACUGUAAACAUUCUGCUGUGAGCAGAGAUCGAAAUGAGUUGCAACAAACUUUUCAAAUGGUUUCUCAAGGUGAAUCUCCUUCAUCUUCUGCAUCCGAUGUGGAUAACUUAAACAAUCAGGCAGCAACAGAUAGGGCCACUUUGCCUAGGGGUACUAAUACUCAUGUUGCUGUCAAUCAAGUCAUAUCUACUCGAACUCAUCCAAAUUUGGUCAGGCUUCUUGAUUUUACUCAGGAUAUACAUCUUGCAAUGGACGCUUCUAGAAAAUGUCAGAGCACAUUCAUGGCUGCUAAUGUGAUCAUGGAAGAAGCACGGAAUAAGGACUGUAUAACUUCUAUUAGGAGCGUUGUCGAUUUCAGCUUCCAGGAUGUGGACGAGCUUGUACGUCUUGUUUGGAUUGCUACAAAAGCCAUAAGUCGUGCUGGUCUUGGUGGUGGUAGAGAUUAACUUGAUCCUGUAUAUAAUGUAUUUUUUUGGUUUUACUUCUCUACUGAGAUGGCAUUGUGAAAGGAAGGGGAGCUAAGAGAUAUCUACCUAGAUUGGCACCUGGAAACCUGGUAAGAUGGCAGGUUGAAGGCGAUCUAUUACCCUUGUGUACAUUUGUACAAAAGUGAUUGAUUAGAAAAUUUUGUGACGUUAUUUCAAUUAAGUUUUUUCUUAAUGUGGGUAGGGGUAUAACACACACCCUUAAAUUUUAUGGGUUAGAAAGAGGGAUGGGAUUCCUGGCUGUCAAGUGACACCGGAUGGAUAUUAUGUUAGUUCAGUGCUACAUUCUUUGCUCCACUGACAUGGAGCCCCGGGAACAACAAUAUAGAGUCUGAAAAUAUUAGGCAACCAUUUUU